GUUAAUUAAAGUUCGCCUGUAAGUAAAUACGUUCAGUCCAUUUUUAACGUUCAUCAACGGAACAUCAUAUAUAGCAGCGAUUGCAUCUGGGAAAAUUUGCCAGGCCAUGAAAAACCACGUCACGAUUUUAUUCUUCGUUUCGGUAAUUUCGUCAACUACCUUGGCUUUCGAACUAACUUGUCGUUACAAAACAGAAACUAACUGGUGGGCCAUAGACAACGUAUACUUUUGCGAUUUGAAGUAUGAUGUUGAAACUCUCAAACCCAACGACGUUAUAACAACUCUCCAUGGCUUUCAUUUGGAUGAUAAAUCCAACGCUGACGUAGUUGGUUUUCGUGCGAGCAAUAAACAGCUUGAAUACUUCCCGAAAGGUUUGCCGAACUAUUUUGAUGCGGGAAAAAUGGAAUUUAUUGCCGUCUGGGAAACUGGAUUGAAGGAAAUCCAUCAAAGUGAUUUGUCACCGUUUUCGAAAUUGAGAAUUCUGAGCUUGUGGGCAAAUGAUUUCGAAGUGAUUGAACGUGACUUGUUCGAGUUCAAUCCACAUCUGGAGUACAUUGGGUUGGGAAAGAAUAAAAUCAAAUUUAUCGACGGUAACGUUUUCGGUCAUUUAAAUGCGCUGCACACUUUGCAUAUCGAUGACAACAAGUGCAUUUCGAGACAAGUUGCUGGUGAUAGAGAGGCAGUUUUGAAUCUUUUUAGAGAAAUUCAAGAGAAGUGUUCGGGUUCAAAUGACACAGCAACUGGAGGUGCCUCUAAUGUGGAACUAACUUGUCGUUACAAAACAGAAACUAACUGGUGGGCCAUAGACAACGUAUACUUUUGCGAUUUGAAGUAUGACGUCGAAACUCUCAAACCCAACGACGUUAUAACAACUCUCCAUGGCUUUCAUUUGGAUGAUAAAUCCAACGCUGACGUGGUUGGUUUUCGUGCGAGCAAUAAACAACUUGAAUACUUCCCGAAAGGUCUGCCGAACUAUUUUGAUGCGGGAAAAAUGGAAUUUAUUGCCGUCUGGGAAACUGGAUUGAAGGAAAUCCAUCAAAGUGAUUUGUCACCGUUUACGAAAUUGAGAAUUCUGAGCUUGUGGGCAAAUGAUUUCGAGGUGAUUGAACGUGACUUGUUCGAGUUCAAUCCACAUCUGGAGUACAUUGGGUUGGGAAAGAAUAAAAUCAAAUUUAUCGACGGUAACGUUUUCGGUCAUUUAAAUGCGCUGCACUCUUUGCAUAUCGAUGACAACAAGUGCAUUUCGAGACAAGUUGCUGGUGAUAGAGAGGCAGUUUUGAAUCUUUUUAGAGAAAUUCAAGAGAAGUGUUCGGGAUCUAAUGACAUAGCACCUGGAGGUGAUUUUAAGUUCGAUGUUCGUAAUGGAUUUAACUAAAUAUUUAAAAAGGUCGUGUGCGCCCCUAACCAAGACUGAUAUAAGAAAAAAUUCGCGAAAACAUUUUCUUAAUAUUAGUAGGUCUUGGUGUAGGACUAGGGUGAUUGGUCCUUUCCAUAAUCUGUGCGAUUUUAUUUAAAAAAUAUUGAGAAAAUCCAAUACCAUAACACUGCUUCUAGCACGAACCCUAAUUUUUCCAACGUCAAAAAGCCUCCAAAUUUUCAAAUAUGUAUGCGUGUAUACCGUAAGAUUACAUGUGUUGUGUGUUUUUAUUCACACCAAGAAAUCAUGAACCCUAUCUUUACGAGAAAAUGCAAAACCUAUUUUGAUUGCAUCCGAAUAUUUCUUAUGUUCGUUCAUGCUAGAAGCAGAGCUGUGCCAAUACCAUCUAAAAGCUACAUUCUAUACCCUCGAGGCGAAUACAUAACGUUAUGUAAUCUUUUUUCACAACAAUUGCAAUAAAUGAAAUUCAUUA